AUGGCGGGUGGUGGUGGUGGUUCGUCGCCGGCAAGGCUAGCACUGCUGGUGGUGGCAGCGGUCGUGGCUUGCGUCGCCGGCGCCGUGGCGGGGGGCAAGGUGGUGCAAGUGGAGGAGGCGCACCGGCGGAGCAUGCUGGCCAAUGGCCUCGGCUCGGCCCCUCCCAUGGGGUGGAACAGCUGGAACCACUUCCAGUGCGACGGCAACGGCGAGGUGGUCAUCAGGGAGACCGCUGACGCACUCGUGUCCACCGGCCUCGCUGCUCUCGGCUACAGAUACGUCAUCAUCGAUGAUUGCUGGGCAGAGCCACAACGUGAUGCUAAGGGCAAUCUGGUGGCCAACACCAAGACGUUCCCGCACGGGAUCAAGGCGCUGGCGGAUUACGUCCACAGCAAGGGGCUCAAGCUCGGGAUCUACUCCGACGCCGGGUUCCAGACCUGCGCCAAGGCCCAGCCCGGGUCCCUCGGGCACGAGGAGCAGGACGCCAAGACCUUCGCGGCAUGGGGAGUGGAUUACCUCAAGUACGACAACUGCAACAACGGCGACCUCAAGCCGCUGGAGAGGUACCCGGAGAUGAGCAGAGCGCUGAUGAAGGUGGGGCGGCCGAUCUACUUCGCGCUCUGCGAAUGGGGCGACAUGCACCCGGCGAAGUGGGGGGCGGCCUACGGCAACAGCUGGAGGACCACCAACGACAUCGCCGACACUUGGGACAGCAUGAUCGCCACGGCGGACCAGAACGAGGUGUGGUCGGAGUACGCUCGCCCCGGCGGCUGGAACGAUCCGGACAUGCUGGAGGUGGGCAACGGGGGCAUGACGAACAGCGAGUAUAUCGUGCACUUCAGCCUCUGGGCGAUCUCCAAGGCGCCACUCCUCAUCGGCUGCGACGUGAGGCACAUGUCGCAGGAGACGUACGACAUCCUGGCCAACAAGGAGGUGAUCGCCGUCAACCAAGAUCCGCUGGGCGUGCAGGGGAAGAAGGUUCGGAUGGAGGGCAGCAGCGAGAUAUGGGCGGCGCCGCUCUCCGAGUACCGGACGGCGGUGGUGCUCCUGAACAGGCACGCCAAGGACGAGGCCACCAUCACCGCGCACUGGGACGACAUCGGCCUCCCCGCCGGCACGCCCGUCGAGGCCAGGGACCUGUGGCUGCACGAGACGCUGGACGCCACGUUCACGGACAAGAUGAGCAUCGACGUCGCGCCGCACUCGUGCAGGAUGUUCGUGCUCAAGCCCAGGAUCCACAUCCGGUGA